CACAAACCAUAGAGCGAGGGUGGUUCGGACAGUUUCCCAAAGUCCUGGAUGUCACUUGAAAAAGGCAUACAGUUAGUCACUCUCGCAACGAAUGAGGACAAAGCAAAGAAUUAUGAGCAGGCGCUCAGAUAUUACGAACAUGCAAUUGAAUAUUUCAUCCAUGCCAUUAAGUAUGAGGCUCCAAGUGAUCGAGCUAAAGAAUCUAUUCAGCUCAGUUGUGCGCGGUACCUUGACAGGGCUGAGCAAAUAAAGAAGUACAUGGCCUCAAAGUCCCGUGAAAAAAGCGAAGCAAACUCUGGUGGUACAAGGGAAAAGAAAAGAGAUGAUUCUGAUAAGGAAGACGGUGAAAACUCACGUUUUCAACUUCAGUUGCAAGGAGCGAUAGUGACUGAAAAACCUAAUAUCAGCUGGGAUGAUGUCAUUGGUCUACAGUCAGCAAAGGAAGCUUUGAAGGAAGCAGUGAUUCUACCUAUAAAGUUUCCACAUCUGUUCACUGGAAAGCGUACUCCUUGGAGAGGGAUUCUUCUUUACGGGCCACCUGGAACUGGUAAAUCAUAUUUGGCCAAAGCUGUUGCAACCGAAGCAAACAAUUCAACGUUUUUAUCUGUUUCAAGCUCGGAUUUGGUUAGUAAGUGGCUUGGUGAAUCUGAGAAAUUGGUGAGAUCACUAUUUGCAAUGGCUAGAGAACAAAAACCAAGUAUAAUCUUCAUCGAUGAAGUCGAUUCAUUAUGCGGAUCACGUAAUGAUAACGAGUCCGAGUCUACAAGACGGAUAAAAACUGAAUUUCUUGUUCAAAUGCAAGGUGUCUGUUCGAAUAAUCAAAACGUCCUAGUGUUGGCAGCUACAAAUACUCCUUGGACUUUAGAUUCCGCUAUACGUCGUCGUUUUGAAAAGCGUAUAUAUAUUCCCCUUCCUGAAACAGGUGAACGUGUUAGUAUGUUCAAAACGAAUCUGGGGAACAUAUUUCAUAGUCUGGUAGAGAAAGACUUUAUUGAACUUGGGGCAAGGAGCACAGGUUAUUCAGGUGCGGACAUAUCAGUUGUUGUUAGGGAAGCUUUAAUGAUGCCCGUUCGGAAGGUUCAAACGUCAACACACUUUAAAUAUGUUACUGGUCCUUCUCCUACUGAUCCAUCAAAGAUCGUCAAUGAUCUUUUAAUGCCGUGCUCCCCGGGAGAUCAUGGUGCAAUAGAAAUGGAUUGGAAAAAAGUUCCAAGUGAUAAACUUAAGGAGCCCCCAGUUGCUAUGCAUGAUAUGUUGAGUUCAUUAGAACGAAAUAAGCCAACUGUAAAUGCUGAAGAUUUAGCAAAACACCGUAAAUUUACAGAUGAAUUUGGACAAGAAGGAUCUUGAAUUUUUUUCUCCAGAAAAAUGUUCCAUUAUUCAACUUUGUUUAAAUAAAUUUUUAAAAUCACACUUUUUGAUUUGUCUCUUUCUUUCAAAAGUUAAAUAUAUAUAUAUAUAUAUAUAUA